AUGUCGUGGCAGCCAAAGCUUCGCCCCAAGGGCUUCUCGCAUAGCAUUGAUGACUUUGCGGCUGUGGCUUCGUUGUCGGAACUAGAGCAUCGGGCCCGGACGGGCGAGGACAAGCGCGACCAACGUGUUUUCCGGGUCAAGCGUAAGCAUGUUUUGAAGGCCUGUGAUCGCUGUCGCGUGAAGAAGACCAAGUGUGAUGGGAAACAGCCUUGCAAUCGCUGCUCGGUAUAUAACCACCCUUGCCUAUUCCGUGAGAGAAAAGCCACACAGACCAAAGUAUACUCUCGAGGAUUUGUCGAAAUGCUCGAAUCUCAUCAUUCCCUGGUCGUAAAAGCCCUCCAGAAACUCUACAAAUUCUGCAUCAACAACGAAGGCUUCCCAGGCGAUCCCCUCGCCGAAGCCCCAGACGGGCACCCCCUAACACACGCGAUCCUCGACCGCCUAGGGCUGAUCAAACAAGCCGAAGAAAACGCAGACGAGCCAGACGAAGACUCGGAGGAUCUCCGCUACCUACGACUCCUGUCAACAUCCACCGAAUGUAGCGUCACAGCAGAGCCCUCCCCAGAGCCAACAACGCCGCCAGAGCCCUCCCCAACCAUCUCACGCCCACCAUACCCAAUCCCAACCCCCAUAUCCAUGCCCAGCCGCACGGCCCCCACAAGCUGGCCAUGGGAUCCCCAGCCCGUCCAUCAGACAAGCUACAGCUACCCAGACGCAGGGUACCAGGACCUCAUGGCGCUGCAGCAACGCCCGUCCUUAAGUGCGCCAGAUAUGGGCCCUGAUAUCGCACCUCAUGUUGAUCUGUCCUCGGCAUCUUCUGGCCUACCGCAUCACCCUCAACAGGCGCUCCACGAACUGUCGUUCCCGUACGUGCUGGAUGGAUGUUGUGAUUCCGGAACUUCCCAGCAGGAUGUGAAGCCCGUGAUUGCGAGGUUACCGCCCGGUCUCAUGGCUGAGUCUCAUGUGCAUUCCCAUCAUCUUGCUGGGAAUCUAUCUGCGGAGAUGAUGGGUGAUUUCCAUUUCCAGGCACAUGACUCGUUUUAUUCCGGGUUUACACCGGGCUGGAAUUUUCCUUCGGGCUGA